AUGACGUCACACACACACACGUUAAUAAUAUUGUUUGUUUAUUUAAAUCUUGAUUUUUCCAUCAUACAAUUUCAUUUUUUUAUAUCUUACAAAUGUUUAAAUAAAUAUAUAAAUUAUAUAUAUAUAUGGUUUCUAUGCAACACAAAUGUACAAAAAAGAGGGUGGGGACAGCAAGUAGAGAACAGCUGAUGUGGCGUCUGCAAAUUUUGUAUUGUUUAUUGACACGUUGCAGGAAAAUUAACCUCAAAGUUUUCUAAAAUCAAAGUUUCUUAAAUGAAAAAAGUGAAACCGAAAUCUAAAAAGUUAUUUUUAUAUUUUAUUAUUUCACUAUGAAAACUGAAUUUAUUUCUCGAUUGUAAAUUUUGAAACUUAGUGAGAAAAAAAAGUUUUUUUAUACUCAAGAUAAGUGUCAAUUUUAAUUAUUAAUUUUUUAAAAUAAAAUUAAGAGUGAGUGAAAAUAAGAAAAGUUGAAAUGUUAUUUUCACGAACGUUUAUAUUUCUUUCAAUCGUGUCGUGGACGAAUUCAAUGCGUAAAUAUGAGAAAAAAGACUUAAUUGAUUUGAGAGAAGAGGUUCGAUCGAUGUUCAAUCAUGCCUAUUCAAGUUAUCUACAUUAUGCAUAUCCAUAUGACGAGCUACGAUCAUUAAGUUGUGAUGGAUUCGAUACAUGGGGAAGUUUUUCAUUGACUCUAAUUGAUGCCCUUGAUACUUUGGCGGUAAUGGGGAAUUAUUCCGAAUUUCGAAGAGUGGCAGAAAUAAUAAGUGCAAGGGCCGAUUUUGAGGCUAAUAUUAAUGUUUCAGUUUUUGAGACGAAUAUUCGUGUUGUGGGAGGUUUAAUUAGUGCACAUUUACUUUCGAAAAAAGCGGGCAUGACCCUCGAACCCGGCUGGCCCUGUAAUGGACCUCUUCUUCGACUAGCUGAAGAUAUGGCAAAACGAUUGAUUGCCGCGUUCGAUACUCCAACUGGAAUGCCUUAUGGAACAGUAAAUUUAAAAUACGGAGUUCCUGAAGGAGAGACGAGCAUUACCUGUACAGCCGGAAUUGGAACUUUCAUCCUUGAAUUUGGAACACUAUCACGAUUGACGGGCGAUCCACUUUACGAGGAAGUGGCAAUGAAUGCAAUUAAGGCACUGCAUCAUUAUCGUUCGAAAAUUGGCCUUGUGGGAAAUCAUGUGGACGUAUUAACUGGACAUUGGACGGCCCAGGAUUCGGGAAUUGGCGCUGGCGUCGAUUCAUAUUUCGAGUAUCUCGCGAAAGGAGCACUUCUGUUUCAGGAUCCCUAUUUGGCGGCAAUAUUCCAUGAGAAUAAGGCGGCAAUUGAGAAAUACAUUCGCAAGGAAGACUGGCAUCUUUGGGUGACAAUGACCAAGGGCCAAGUGACAUUGCCGGUGUUUCAGUCGCUCGACGCCUAUUGGCCCGGUGUACUGAGUCUUUUCGGUGAAAUUGACGAUGCCAUGAAAUCCCUGCAUAAUUAUCAUCGGGUAUGGAAGCAGUUUGGAUUCACGCCGGAAUUUUAUAAUAUUCCACAAGCCGAGGCGGGUACAAAUCGUGAAGGGUAUCCUCUAAGACCCGAACUAAUCGAGUCGGUUAUGUAUCUCUACAGGGCGACGGGAGAUCCUUAUUUAAUUCAGGUGGGAGUGGACGUGCUUAGAAGCUUACAGCACAGCGCCAAGACGACUUGUGGAUAUGCGACAAUUAAUGAUGUUCGGGAUCAUCGGAAAGCUGAUAGAAUGGAAUCCUUCUUUCUUGCCGAAACAACAAAAUAUUUGUAUCUUCUUUUCGAUUCCGAAAAUUUUAUCCACAACAGUGGAGAACAUGGAGAAGUUGUUAAAACUCCUUGGGGUCAAUGUAUAGUUGACGCUGGCGGUUACAUCUUCAACACUGAAGCACAUCCCAUUGAUCCUGGAGCUCUUCAUUGCUGUCGUCGAGUAAAAAGUGUGUUUCCAGGGCGAAAAUCGACUCUUCGAAAAUUCGUGCCUGUCAUGAAUGUUGACCAGGAAAAUGCGACUGAUUCAAAGAAUCUGUUAACAAGUGAAAAUCCCAAGGGGAAUUCAAUAGAAAUAUUAAAACUUGUUGAAAUGAGAAAAUUAGCGAAGACUGAGAAGGAAAAUUUGACGCAAGUGGAUGAAAGCAGUGUUGAAGAAGUGGGAGAGGCCGAAAUUUUAGAAAUUGAGGCGGAUGAUGAGAUUUUGGAAAAUUCGAAAAAUUACAUUUCACCACCACCAAAUGAAUUAUUAAAAAUUGAAGAUGUUGAGAAUCUGGAAAUUUAUGAGACGGAUAAUGAAAGUGAAUUUUUCACUGGUGAUGCAAUUCAUAAUCAUAGUGAUAAAUUGGAAGAGCAAGUAACUAAAAAGAAAUUUGAACCACAGAAAAUGUUUGAAAAUAUCCGACAAAGAAAUUUAUAUCCUGUGAAUUUAACAGCGAAAGUUAAUUAUCAGACGUUAUCAUGUCGAGCACAACCUUUUCUUCGAAGGAUUUCCAUUGUUGGAGAAUUCUUUUAGAACUUGAGAUAAUCUGAUUGUCAGGAUUAAAAGUUUUUAUUUUUUUGUUUAUUUUGAUAUUGAGAAAUUUUUAACAAUUGGACAAAAAGAAGUACAAAAUGAUUAAAAAUGGAUUUUUUUGAUGUUUUUUUUUGUUUUAACUGAUAUUUGAUGUUUGACAUGUGUGGGAGUUAAAUUUUGAUUUCUAGUUAAGCUAGAAUAUUUUGCUUGUUGAGUUUAAUAACAUUCCUUAAAAAUUUACGAAUGUUUUCAGUAAUUUAAGGUCAGUGUUAAAAGUUACGAAAACUUUUUGUAAUAUAUGUAUAAAAAUAUAUAUAUAUAUUUGUUUUAAAUUGUGAGAUAUUUUAAAGACUGAAAAAAUUGCACGGGUGUAUGCACUUUUUAAAUAGAAAUAAAGAAAUAUUUAUUUGAUAAAAAAA